AAUAGAAGAAAAUGAGGACCUAUCGAGCACCGCGUCGCCAACGAAGGGCGAGGCGGAGAAAAUUAGCGAAAAAGCGGCCGAAAUCACCGAAGCGCUAGCACACGAGAUGGGCAUCCCGACGUGGGGCCUCGUUUCGAUCAUCAUCGUCGUCCUCCUAAUCAUCCUCGGCAUCUGCGGGUUCUGCAUUCGGCGAUGCUUCCGCAAGCGGCGCUCCAAAGACGGCAAGAAGGGCAUGAAAGGAGUCGAUAUGAAAUCGGUACAAUUAUUAGGUUCAGCAUACAAAGAAAAGGUUCAACCGGAUAUGGAAGAACUGACGGAGAAUGCCGAAGAACCCGACGAAGGGGAGAGUAAGCAGAGCGAGCAGAAGUUGGGCAAGCUCCAGUACAAGAUCGAGUACGAUUUCAAUGCAAACGCCCUCACCGUAACUGUCAUCCAGGCGGAAGAACUGCCUGCCCUGGACAUGGGAGGUACAUCGGAUCCAUACGUCAAAGUCUACCUGCUGCCGGAUAAGAAGAAGAAGUUUGAAACUAAAGUUCACAGGAAAACUCUCAAUCCGGUAUUUAACGAAUCGUUCACGUUCAAGAGCCUUCCAUAUGCCGAUGCGAUGAACAAAACCCUAGUGUUUGCCAUCUUCGAUUUCGAUCGAUUCUCCAAACACGACCAGAUCGGGGAAGUCAAGGUCCCACUGUGCCAGAUCGAUUUGGCCCAAACCAUUGAGGAGUGGCGAGAACUGCAGAGCGUCGAAGGCGAAGGCGGUCAGGAUAACAAGCUGGGAGACAUCUGCUUCUCGUUGCGUUACGUACCAACUGCAGGUAAAUUGACCGUCGUAAUCUUGGAAGCGAAGAAUCUGAAGAAAAUGGAUGUCGGUGGAUUGUCAGAUCCCUACGUUAAGAUUGCGCUGAUGCAGAACGGAAAGCGUUUGAAAAAGAAAAAGACUAGUAUCAAAAAAUGCACACUAAACCCCUACUACAAUGAGUCGUUCUCAUUCGAAGUUCCUUUCGAACAAAUACAAAAAGUGAACCUGGUUAUUACCGUGGUGGAUUACGAUCGCAUCGGUACGUCGGAACCCAUUGGUAAGGUGAUCCUGGGCUAUAACGCUAGCGGAACCGAACUGCGCCACUGGUCCGACAUGUUGGCCUCGCCUAGGCGUCCAAUCGCACAAUGGCACACGCUGAAGGACCCGGAGGAUGACAAGAAGGACUAAGCUGCUGCUACUACUGACCAGCAGAAAGACCAGCGAGAGGGAGCAUCCCGAAAACCGCUAAGAGGAUGAGGUGACUACCUACAACAACAACCGGAACGAAACAGCAGCAGCGUGCAGAACAACCAACAAACACCCUUACAUAUAUGUAUGAUCAAAUAGCAAAGACUACAACUGAUUACGGAGAAAAAAAAACAAUACCGCCAGGGCAGUUGUUUGAGUAACAACCCAAAAGAUCAAUCAUUUUAUGUGCGCUGGAAUCCCAAAAAAAAAAAAGCUAGUAAAAGAAAUUUCGAACAUGCUAAGAUAGGAUAGCUAAAUGAUAUGCCAUAUAGCUUUGCGAGGUUGAAACCUGUCGAGAAUAAUAGAAGUUGAUAGCAAAAACAAAACAAACAGAGACAUUAAACAAAACGAUGUUCUAUAUCAGGUGUACCACACAUAAUUCGAUAAAAGUAAAUGUUUGUUUCGUUACUCCCUUGGAUGUACGGUUAACUCUAGUAGACAGAAGCAGAAAGCGUUUGAAGAAUCGGAUUACUACUGUGUUUUGUUUUUGCGAAUAAAAAAAUUCCAGCGACAGAAGGUGUGUAUGAAUAAACCAAAAGAAGAAAAAAAAAACAAAAACAUCGUCUUACAAUUUUUUAGGUUUCAAAAAAGUUACAAUUGCGGUUACAUUUUUGACGCUAGCUCAGUUCUCUUAUGCAUAGCAUAUUGAUAAGAAUUAUGAACCAAACACAUAUAUAAAGCUGAAUAUAAAUCGUAGCAAAACAAAGAAGCAACGACGUCAGUCUAAAUUCAGUCGAAUAACCUGGAAGAGCGCCUAUUGUGCAUCUUUUCUAGCUGCAGCAAUGGCUCUCGGUAUAAUUGCUUCGAAUGCCAGCCAGCAGUCGUUCACGCAUACUAAAUAAAAAAGAAAGCAAAACACGAUAGCAGCAAGCAUAUUGAGAAACAAAAAAAAAGACACACGCAAAUCAAUAGAUAGCUCUGUAAAAAGCUAGAAAAAUAGACAAUGUAGCUCUAGAGUUGAACUAACACUACAUUUAAAACAAAAUCCUAGAAUAGCUGACGAGAAAAUCCGAAAGCGAACAUGAACAAAACCUAAAAAAAAAACAAUAUAAACGGUCCCAUGAUUCGAUGUGUCGUAGAAAAGAAGCACAAUAAUAGCCUAACAAAAAAAAAGCGAAACGACAGACGACGGAAAGAUAAUCAGCUGUUCUGUUAAACUACUUAAAUGACAAAAGAAGCUACGAAACAAAAAGUCAUUAAAAGGAAAGAAACAAACACACAUUUAGAGGGUAGCAAAUAAACAAUGGAAAAAAAUGUGGAUAAAGUAGGUUGAUCGAAAUAAGCAGCAGCAACAGCAGCAAAAAAAAAGUAUCAAAGAAAGUAAUAAAUGUGUGUGUGCGUGUGCUAGGGCGUUUGAUUUUUAUUUUGUUGAGCAUCGCACUAGAAUGGCUUUUAACCUCGAGUAUUAGCUACAGUACAGGCUACAGUAUAGCCUCGAGUACAGGUAUUCGAAUCAAUCUGCUGAGAGAAAGAAUCUGAGCUAGGAUUCGAUCGAAUGUAAGAUAUACUGAAACAAAAAAACAAAAUGAACAAAAGAUGUACUUAGAAACGAGAGCAAAAUAACGAUUGCAUUCGACUGUCCUGACUGUAUUUGCAAACACUUGCAUUUAUCAUACGCAAAACUAAUGGAAAAGAAAGAAGAAGAAAAAAACAUUGAUGUGUCAUUAUAGUUCUCAAAUUUUGGACAAUAUUCGAUUGAAAAAGAAAAUGGAAACAAAAAAGCAACAGUACAUAUAUUGGUUAAUUUGUUGAUUCCGGAAAGUUUUUGCGUUUGGAUUAGAAACGAUUGUUGAGCAAUAGUUUUUGUGAAGUGUAGUUUCGCGGAAAGUUCGGCAUCCGAUUCGUUGAUCAAAAGUUAUGGAUUGAAAUAGGUUGUUGUUCCGUUUUCAUCUUCCUUUACAAAAUUGUAAGAGUUUCUGGCAACACUGUAGGAAGAAUUUCAUUGAUUUUUUCAUAUUUCAAUUUAAAACUUAAAAAGUUUUAACACACUUGUAAGAUGAUAUUGAACCUUGAAAAAAGAGAAAAAAUAUUUUAAAAAUGUGCAGUGUUGCCAAACAGUUUUAAAUUUGCAAAGUAUUUAUUUUUUUAAUAACCCAGAUAUUUUCUUUCAAUUCAGGACAAAAAUAGAAUGUGUUCAGUAUCUAUUAUAAUAACAAAAAAAUUAAAAGCAGUUUUCUGCUUUAAAAUAUUUACAUUCCAUCUUCCGAACGAAAAUCUUUCCAAAUUGGCACCAAUUAAGUUUUAAUGAUAUGAAAUAAAAGUCACCAUCGAUGCUGAACUUUUCGAAAGCUACGAAUGUUGCAUGUGCUGCUUUGAAAUCUUCUGCCUUCAUGGAUUAGUUUAGAGAGCCAACUAUGAACACCGUAACAAAUAUGAGCUUUUGACCAUUCCAUCGAACCUCACCGAAUGAAGCGAAAUGAAAGAGAGUUAAAAACAGCCGUCGGUAAGAUUGAAAACUACUGUAAAUGUACGCUCACACUGUAUGAGUUUGACCACGCGUCUGUGUAUGUGUGUGAGUGUGAGUUCGCGUGAGGCAAAUUGCAGUUUGCCCGGCUUCACUUUACGAGACGACGCAUGCGCGGCAAACAGUACUGUUCUUAUAUACAUAUGGCAAAAGAAGAUCCAACUAAACUAAACUUUACAAAUUCGCAAACGAUCGAAGGCAUGAACGAUGAUCACUACUGAAACAACUCACACACACACGCACGUAAACUGUUGAGUAAGGUAUUUUCCGUCGAAAGUAAAAUAGGUUCACAAAUUCCAUAGAUUACUGUAAAUCAGUUUGAAGAAAAAAAUAUUAUGGAACUGUACUUCUUGUUGAAACAAAAAAUAUAAAAAGUUAUAAAAAAAUACUAUUUACCGUUAAAUAAGAUGAUCUAUCUAUUGAAUUAUAUAUACAUAUUAUAAAGUUGAUCAAAUUUGAAUACGAAUAUUCCCAUAAAAUACAGUAUUUGUACACUCAGCUAUAUCAGUUAAAAAAUUCUAAUGGCAUUAACAGCUGUAUAGGUCAAACAGAAAAGAAAAAAACAAUCUCUCAACACAACUGAAACUUUGUAACUAUAGUCCAGUACACAGAUCGAGCUGUUAUUUGCCAGCCGCCGACGAUCGGGUGCUGAAUCGCUACGUCAACAGCUAAAAUUAGUUUAGCUUGAGCAAAAGUUCCGACUAGGGGUGUCAGCACCCGUUAGGCGAAUCCUCUAACAUCUAACACAUACACUCUGAAAAAAAAAACUCACGUCUUGAGCAUUUUCUUUCUUACAAAGACGCAAGUAUAAACGUGAUUUACUAGUGAUCCACUUAAUAUCAUACCACUUCUAGAACUAGUAUUUCUAGCAAGUACUUUCACUGUUAAGACUUAUAGAAAAAAAACAAACAAAACCUUCAAUGUAAACCUGUUCUGAAAACCAAAACAAACCUACAGAAAACAAAACCCGCUACAACAGAUGACAUUUUACUUUAGCUACAUAAAAAAGGACUCUUGAGUAGAGACGUACAAUUUUUAAGGCAACGAGAAAACAACAGAUGUUUCAUUUUAUCUCACCUUUCUUACUUCCAACGGCUAAAUAACGCUCCCUCCAAUUUGUUGUUGCAUUUGAUCCCUGAGGCACACCCAAUCUGGUGGCUCUGGGAACUUAAAUUUGUUACCUUGUAAAUAUUGCAUCGUAUUCAGAUCGAACGAACGAAACGAAAGCUUUCUUAUUGAGAACCAAUGAAAAGAAGAAGCACUUAACCUUCACUGACCAGACGAAGGAAAUAGACGAAAAAAAUUCAGCGAUAAUUUACGCAACUCCUAUCCUAAAAACCAAACUCUUAAAAAAAUCAUUACUUCUCGUUCUAGUCCUCUCGUGCACUUCGUAGAAAUGUUAGUUCAGACUGCACCUCUAGUGAACAAAACCCAAAACAGAACAAACAAUCCAGAGACAUAAGCUAGACUCAAUUUACUCGACUAUUCGAAGUCAUUCAAUAGCGUGGGGGAGAAGACAAAAUCACAAACUAUUUAACAAAAAAACGCUACCUUCACGAAGGACAUACGAUUGUUCAGCUAUCUUUGAAAUUUUGAAAAUAAAAUAAAAGAAAAAUAAACUAAUAUGCGCUAAUUUAGGAGCUCAAUUUAACCCCACCUCCCUUAAAAAAACAAACAAAGUAAAAAGUCCGUUGGAACAGAACAAAAUAACUACCUAACCUUUCCUCAUAGGAAUAUAGUCAUCAGAAAAAGUGAAAUAAAAACGAAUAGCAGGUAAAUAUACUAGACACAGAACUCGCUGAGUGCUAGAUAGCGCAGGUUGAGCAAAGAGGAAGAAAUGGUUUUAAAUAGGAACAAAAAACAAACAAACAAAAAACAACCGAAACUUUCGAUAAUCGUGUAGGACAAAACAGACAGAGCUAUAAUCACCGCAUUUAUGCAACAGACAUAGUAGAUUUUAUUUCCGGAAUAAAUGUACGAAUCAUACAAACCUAAUAUUUACCAGCACCGACAAAAAAGUUUAGCUUGACCACUGAGGCUUGAAUGGACAAAACCAAAAGAUCUUUAGACGACGAGACGAUACCAAUCACCUACAACCAGACAAAACCGCUACAAAUCAGCUAAAGCGCAUUUUAUUGAAUCGAAUUAAAAAUGACUAAUCGCAGAGAAGAAGAAAAAAAAACAAACAUAAAAUAAACCUACAGCUAGAAACAAAAAGAAACAAACUGACAACUGAUAUAGGAGUAGCAUAGCAGGGAAGAGAAAGAAGAAAAAACAUACAAGAAGAAGCAAAAACAAAAACAAAAACAACCGACGACGAUCUAAUUGUAAUUUAUAAGCAUUGAGAGACAGGACGGCAGAAGAAGUGGCAGCAGCAACCGAAGAAGAACAAGAAGAAAAAAUAAGUUACAGUUAAAUUGAAAUAUAAGUAAAACAAAAUAUAACAAUAAUUAGACAUAUACAAGGCAAAAUGAACUUUAAUCAUCAAACCAGUAAAAAAAAUAUUGUGAAAUAAUAUGUAUAUUUAAGGUAUUGUAAAUCAAAACCAAAAAUAAUAAAGUAUUAUAAUAACACA